AUGGCACCAAAAUCAGAAGAAAUAGAAGAUACAACAAAUUAUUCUCCGUCAUCAUCAUUUUCUAAUAUUGAAGAAACAAUCGAGAAACUCACCACAAUUAAAUCAGUAAAUGUUCCAUUGCCAUAUUUUGUCAAAAAUGGAAAAAUGCUUUUAACCCCAGCAACAAAUAGAUUAUGGAUGUUAGCUAGUUGGUGUGCAAUAUGUUCUUGUGUACUUAUUUGUAAAUUUUUUUUGAAAUUCUGUAAUAGUUCUACCACUGUAUUUAAUAAAGAACCAUUUCUUAAAUUAUUAAUGGAUCCAAAAAGAACACGUCCCAUAUUGACAGUUGCAAACCAUUUAUCAACGAUCGACGAUCCUUUAAUUUGGGGAAGUCUUCCUUUCAAAGUAUUUCUAAAUCGUGAAAAAGUACGUUGGACUCUUGGUGCACAAGAGCUAUGUUUUAUCACACCAGGUGCUGGCAUUUAUCAACCUGCUAUGGAUUUUGCAUUGGACAGAUUAAAUGAUGGUAAUUGGGUUCAUGUAUUUCCAGAGGGAAAAAUCAAUCAAACAUUGGAUAUGCUUAAAUUCAAAUGGGGAAUUGGCCGGUUGGAAGAAAUUAUGCCAGAGGAAAGAGAUCGUCCUUGGAUUCCAAUUCUUGGUAAAAAAAUGGUAAUUGCUUAUGGAAAUCCAAUUGACUUUAAAGAUGUAUUGAUUAAUUUUCAUGAAGGUAAAACUGAGGAAUUAUCAACACGUAUUAAAAUAACCGAUGUUAUAUUUGAUGCUAUGGAUGAUUUACAAAAAAAGGCCGAAUCAUUAGAAGCCGGAAGAGAACAAUCAUAA